UAAUUAAAAGAGAGGAAAAAAAAAACUCGCCCCGUCGUUCCCUCCUCAGCUCCUCUCCCCUCGGAAGUCGAAACCCUAAGAAACGCGUAGCGAAGGCGAGGCUCCCGAGAGAGAGAGAGAGAGCCAUGGCGGUGGCGGCGCCGGGGCAGCUGAACCUCGACGAGUCGCCGUCGUGGGGCUCCCGCAGCGUCGAUUGCUUCGAGAAGCUCGAGCAGAUCGGCGAGGGCACAUACGGGCAAGUGUACAUGGCGAGGGAGACGGAGACGCAGGAGAUCGUCGCGCUCAAGAAGAUCCGCAUGGAUAACGAGCGCGAGGGCUUCCCCAUCACUGCAAUCCGCGAAAUCAAAAUCCUCAAGAAGCUGCACCACCAGAACGUCAUCCAGCUCAAGGAGAUCGUCACCUCGCCAGGACCGGAGAGAGAUGAGCAGGGGAAACCAAUCCAUGGUAACAAGUACAAGGGGAGCAUUUACAUGGUCUUCGAGUACAUGGACCAUGACUUGACUGGGUUGGCAGAUAGGCCUGGGAUGCGUUUCACCGUGCCGCAGAUUAAGUGUUACAUGAAGCAACUCCUUACAGGCCUUCAUUAUUGUCACAUUAAUCAAGUUCUGCAUCGUGAUAUUAAAGGAUCCAAUCUCUUGAUAGACAAUGAAGGUAACUUGAAGCUGGCUGAUUUUGGCCUAGCAAGAUCAUUUUCAAAUGAUCAUAACGGAAAUCUCACUAAUCGUGUGAUCACUUUGUGGUACAGACCUCCAGAGUUGCUGCUCGGAAGCACCAAGUAUGGACCAGCAGUUGACAUGUGGUCUGUCGGUUGUAUUUUUGCAGAGCUUCUCAAUGGAAAGCCAAUUCUGCCAGGAAAGAAUGAGCCAGAGCAACUGAGCAAAAUAUUUGAUGUUUGUGGCACACCUGAUGAAUCAAACUGGCCGGGUGUCACAAAAAUGCCUUGGUACAACAAUUUCAAGCCUCCCCGCCAACUGAAGAGACGUGUAAAGGAGUACUUUAAGCAUUUUGACAGGCUUGCUCUGGAUCUGCUUGAAAAGAUGUUAACACUAGAUCCAGCACAGAGGAUAUCAGCACAAGAUGCACUUGAUGCAGAGUAUUUCUGGUCUGAUCCCCUACCAUGUGAUCCUAAAAGCUUGCCAAAGUAUGAAUCUUCACACGAGUUCCAGACCAAGAAAAAACGCCAACAAAUGCGUCAAGCCGAUGAAGCUGCGAAGAGGCAAAAGACACAACAUCCUCAACCACAUGGCCGUUUGCCUCCAAUUCAACAAACAGGACAGCCCCAUCCUCAAAUCAGACCAGGCCAGCCGAUGAACAACCCCCAUGCGCCGAUGGCUGCUGGGCCAGGCCAUCACUAUGCAAAACCCAGAGGGCCAGGAGGCUCAAGCAGGUAUCCACAGGGUGGGAACCAAGGUGGAGGAUAUCCGAACCGCGGCGGACAAGGUGGUGGUGGCAGCUAUGGAAAUGCCCCUUACCCUCAACAAGGUCGAGGGCCGCCGCCACCGUACCCUGGCAGUGGAAUGGCCGGAACAGGUGGCCCAAGGGGUGGCGUUGGUGGUGGCUAUGGAGGAGGAUCAAAUUAUCCCCAGCAAGGCGGCCCAUAUGGUCCUUCUGGCCCAGGCCGAGGGUCAAAUUAUCCCCAACAAGGUGGUUCUCGCAACCAGCAGCAGUACGGAAACUGGCAGUAGUACGUUACCUAAACUCAGCAACACUAUGCCAAUUGUCUUAAACUCUGAUGUUGAUGCUAACUUGUGCUUAAUCUAUUCUAUUGGGCAUUACAUUUUGUUAGAGCGUGUAUUGCCCUGAAUCCAGUAGGAAUUGUAGCAAUGUUGUUCGUUUUGAUUAAAGAAUGAUAAGAGAUACACAAAUUGAGCAACAAGCAAAUUGUCUUGAAUUUUCA